AUGUUGUUCUCGCGAAGGGCUGCUUUGGGCUUGAAAUCUCGCCACGGUGUACGAACUCUUACCAACUCACCUUCCCCUCCUCCCACACGCCCAAAUGGUCAUCUGGAGGAAGGCAAAGAGACUCUUUUCCGAAAUGUGAGAUACCUGCCGGCCAUAGGCGCAGUGUCUCUCACAGGGUUGGUCAUUGGCGUAACGGCCUACUACCUUGCCCCGCUUGAACAAUCCGAGGAGGACAAAGAAGUACCCUUCAAAGACACGACAAUAUUCACCGGCACCCCAGCUCGAAUACGAUCCAUCGAUGGUCAGCAGGUAGAGUGGAGAUAUGAGGACAAACAUUACUAUCACCGUUUACUCAGUGAAAGAGAUGCCGAGAAGAUGUUGACCCCUGGUCAUAAGGUCGCCGAGGUUAAUCGUCGCGGGAACCCGCUCAAGACUUUCGACUUCAAGAUACUUUUCUCAGGGGAUACUGGGGAGGACAGGUGUAACUUCGAGGUCGUCACCCGUUCAGACCCCGCCGGCGUUGCGCAAAAAUCGGGCAAAGACGAGUUUUGGUGGAAAUCUUGGUGGGAUGCGCGCAAUCGUGUCUACCCACGAGGUAGGAAUAGGAAGCCCAAAGUUGGAGAUGGGUCAGAGGACGUCAUCAUAUGUAGCGUCUGGGACGGCCAUAGUGGUCACGAGAUGGCUGAGCUUCUGAAGAGGGGUCUUCAUGGUUGUUUGGCGUGGAACAUUGGGAAAGAGCUGAACAGAAGCAAAGGCUGGACAGAGACUAUCAAGAAGAGCUUGGGAUUCGAAUCUUCAGGUGGUGAAAGCUUCCGUGAUGUCCAUUUUGAGCCCGAGAAUUUCUCCAACUUGAUCAUUGACCAAGAUGUCGUCACCGCCCCCUCCAGGAUCCUAUACAGCGCGCCAUCCAACACUCUCUCUACCCAUCUCCCGCCUCAUUUACCCAGCUCUUUGGCUUAUGGCGCGUUUGCAGGAGGUCCCGGAGCGUGCUGUGCUACCGCCAUUGUGGAUGUCAUCGAUGACAGGUUCUAUGUCGCCAACGUCGGUGACACCCGAUGCAUCGCCGGAUGGUGGAAUGAGGCAGACCAAAAGUGGCGAUGUGAUGUUAUUACGCAGGACUGCAUGGGCGAUAAUCCCAAAGAGUCCGCAAGGAUUUUGAGCGAACACCCGGAGGAUGAAAAGGACACUGCAAUGUACAACGGCGGCAAUGGAAACGGCAACCGUGUCUUGGGCCAGCUGCAGCUCACCAGAGUGUUCGGUGAUAGCGAUUAUAAAAUUGACCAUGACGACGUCAACAGGGCUCUCGAUCAGUGUGAAUACGGCAUCAGAUGGCCGAGAUUUGACGAAGUGCCGUGCAAGACUCCGCCUUAUCUUGCGGCAAAACCAGAAGUGAAGUGGCGCGACAUGCACCCGGAUAAUGGCGACGAGUUGAAGUUCUUGAUGUUGAGCACUGAUGGAUUGUUCGACCGUCUCACAUCAGAAGAAGUGUCCCAUCUUCUCGCCGGGCAUCACAGCAAUCCCAAACAGGAUGAUGUGGACAAGGUCGUUUUGCCCAUGCUCCACCCUCAUUACGAGUCUCUCUCCGAGAAUGAACACCCGUUCCCGAAGGAAGAGAUGCAGACCGAAGGUGGCUGGGUCUUCGAAGAUAAAAACGCUGCGAGAACUAAUCCCUGAAGACUUUGGCUUAGAG